AUGGACGACAGAAUAUCCGAACUGCCAAUUCCUCUACGACACCACAUUCUCUGUUUCCUCUCCCAAAAAGAAGCUGUGAGAACUUGUCUACUCUCCAGACAAUGGCGCCACGUAGGAUCAACCCGCCCAAACCUCGACUUCUCCGCAGAAUGGUUCGACGACUCACAAGAAAAGUUUGUCUCCAUCAUCGACCGUGCCCUACAAGGAUACCGUGAUCAAAGCCUCUCCAUACACAAACUCCGUCUCGACUUAUCCAGCCCUGAAUCACGACCGGUCGUCUCCCUUCUCGACAAAUGGAUCCCGAUAAUAGCCAACCUCAACAUAAAAGCGUUCAAACUCAACUUUCUUUCAUAUACUCGACCGUAUUACUACCUGCCCUCAGCAAUCCUGGCAGCCGAAUCCCUCGAAGAACUACACCUGCGCAAAUGCAGGCUGAGCCCGGUUGAGAGCUUGCGGUUCAAAUGUUUGCGCACACUCACCCUCGAAUAUGUCCAAGUUGAUGGUAGGACAUUCGAGAAGAUAACUUCGGGUUGCCCUUUGCUCAGGCGCUUGUUCCUUACUAGAUGUCAGGGGUUGAGAAACAUUAGGCUGAGCGAGGCGGCAUUGCCUGAGCUCAACCACUUUGAGUUGUAUGAUUACAAGGAGAUCGAAGGGCCUAGCAUAGAAAUCGAUGUCCGGAAUAUCGAGACAGUCUCCAUCGCGGGGGGGCAAUGGAUUUGGUCUCACCGCCAAAGCGAAUUCUUGUUCUCUCGUCUCACGAGUUUGACUCUCUAUGGUGUGAUCCUAUCGAGCGAGUCGUUCGACCUGUUAUCGUUCGGCUGCCCGACACUUGCGAGCUUGGCCCUAUAUAAUUGCUCCGGUUUCGAGGAAUUCCAUCUUUCAAAUGAUUCGGUCAAGUCGUUGAACAUCUCGACCAGCCAAACAUUGCUCAAAGGAGCUACGAUUUAUGCCCCUAACAUUAGCAGUUUCUUGUUCUUUAUUCGCCAAGUGCCUGACACAUUCUCUUUCACGACCGCAACGUCCAAGGAGUGGUCAUCACACGUAUCCCUCUCUUCUUGUGAGGAAGAUCCCGAUUUCGACGUCAAUUGGUGGUUCCUUGAGCUGAGACGAUUGCUCAAGGCACUAAGUAGGUCUCGGAUUUCUCUGUCUCUGCGGAUGGACGGCGGCCCUCAGGACGUGCCCUGUAAUGCUGUUGUCAGUGACGAGACGCCUGUGGUGGUGCAGAGCUUGAAUUUUGAUACUCGUAAGUGUCGCACAACGUCUUGGUACUUGGAGUUUACUAGUGGCUUGUUUCUUGUUUGUCGACCGAGGCAUGUAGGGCAUGGUACCCUUGUUAGCGGGUCGUACAGGAACUACAGGCUCUCGGAGUUUCAGUUAAACAUCUUGCUUGCUAACAAGAGCCUCGUGACUAGGAAACUUAGGCCCCACUUUUGGCAGCACGAUUUGGAGCAAGUGCACGUCGAUGGGCAGCUCGUGCAGUACAAAGACUUGUCGGAAUUGCGAAACAGGACAUAUUAUGGGAUAGUGUGCCUUCAAUUGAAAUGGAGAGCAACUAAUGACUCCUCGGCUGGUACGGGCGACCACGAUUUCAGUCUGGUCUUUAGGUCAGCUAUCUUAGGAUUUGAUGACGAGAAGUCACUGCUCAUGUCCCAAAUGAGCAUCGAGAAAAGAUUUGGGCAAUCAGCAGUUUUUGUUGCUUCUACUUUGAUGGAGAAUGGUGGUGUCCCAAAAUCCGAAAGAGUCCCUUCAUGUUUACAGAUAGGCUGGAUUUACGGUCCUGUGACAGAAGAUAUUCUGACGGGUUUCAAGAUGCACGCCCCAAGGCCGGCCUUCAAGGGAUCGGCUUCGGUCAGUCUCUCUGCUCGUUUGAAUCAAGUGCUCCGCGGGUACAAGUACUCUUUGGCAAGCUCUUCUUUGCCUUUUGGGUCAUUGUCCACCUUUACCCCUUCCUCAAAGGCCUCAUGGGCCAACAGAACCGAACCCGAACCAUCGUUGUUGUUUGGUCCAUCCUCCAUUGGGUCCGGUCGACCCAUUCACCACCCGAGUCACAGGCCCUGA